CGACGUCUGUUUGUUUUGUUACAGACAUCUGAGCUAGAGUCGCUGCUGUGUAAGCAGGAGGGCGCCUCACUCGCGCCCGCCCACAUGGACCUUUUCGACGGUGGAACUUCCUCACGCGACGAUGCAUUCCUCCGGCCUGCCCUAUGGGAGGACAUCGCUUCCUCCAUCAGAAACAUCGACCCCGAGAACGCGAACAUGCUCGCGCCACUCGGCUCCACACACGUCAAGCUGGAAGCUGACGAGGCGCUCCUGGAGGAGUGCGCCACCCCGCUACUCAGUCCCCUCGAGAUCAAGACGGAGAGGCUUUGCGCGCCUCCCACGUAUGCGCAUCCGCAGCCACCGCAGCACCAGCCGCCGCACCAGCCGAACACCUCGUUCGCCAAGUACCCGCCCUCGCGACUCGUGUACAUGUCCCCGCUGACGCCGCCCAGCUCCGAGCAGGGCAGUCCCGGCAACACGAUGCAGGGCGCAGGCCGGCGCACGCCGCCCCCGCCGUAUCACCCGCCACCGCUGCUCAGAGCGCCACACGUGCCGCCGCAUCCUGGCCCGCACCAACAUCACCAUCCACAGUUUGUUCCGAUGCAGCCGAUGGCGCCGGUGCAGGUGGCGCCGCAGCCACCGCCGCCGCCAGUACACCACACACCGCUGCAGCACGCGCGCCUGGCGCCGCCGCACCACGUCAAGUACAACCGGCGGAACAACCCCGAGCUCGAAAAGAGAAGAGUGCACCAUUGUGACUUCAUAGGUUGUACCAAAGUCUACACAAAAAGUUCGCAUCUAAAGGCGCACCAGCGGAUACACACAGGUGAGAAGCCGUAUACGUGUCAGUGGCCGGAGUGCGAGUGGCGGUUCGCGCGAUCUGACGAGCUGACGCGUCACUACCGCAAGCACACGGGGGCCAAGCCAUUUAAAUGCGCCGUCUGCGAACGCUCAUUCGCACGAUCAGACCACUUGGCACUGCACAUGAAGAGGCACCUGCCCAAGACGUCUAAAUGA